AUGAUUAAUAAUACUAGAGAUAUUUCCGUUUUACAACAACCAAUGGAUGACUUAUUAUCCAAAGAUUUAUCCUUAGAUGAAUUAGAGACUCUAGAGUCUCAAACAAGUUUAUCUAAGUUUAAUGAUGAAAUCGCUUUUGAAUUAGGUUGUUUUAUUAGAACAGAAGCUCGUAAAAUAUUCCCUGAGAAAUGCAUUACCAUUGAUAUCACUUUACCUUCUCGUCAUUGUUUAUUUCGUUGUACUUCAAUUAAUGGAUCUUCUUUAGAUAAUACUAAAUGGGUUGAACGUAAACAAAAUACCGUGUUCCGUUUUAAUCAUUCAACUUUCUAUAUUCGUCAAAAGAAAGGUGAUAUCCCAAUGGAACAAAGAUUUUUCAUCCCUGCUGAGGAAUAUGCUUUCCAUGGUGGUGCUGUUCCGUUGUUUGUUGAUAACGUUUCUUCACCAAUAGCAUGUCUGACAAUUAGUGGCUUAAAACAAGAACAAGAUCAUUUCUUAGCUACUACUGCAUUAAUGGAAUUUAAAAAAUCUUUAUAA